AUGGGCGAGGACGACUACAGUGACGAAGAAGACGACGUAGAGCUGAGGCUGAACCACUACAGUCUCCCACUUGAGAAAGACCAGCUUCAGUGGGAUUACCUGAACGAGAUGGAUGCGUUUAGAUCAAGAAUUGUCUUCAUGAUGGAAGCUUUGCUACUGGAUCUGAUCAAGAGCGAUCAGUCGGGGCUUUCUUCACACGCCUUCGAGGUCUCCUCCGUUGUAUAUGGGACCGGUUUCGAUGAAUUUCCUGUGAUAGUGUAUCAGAAUUGGAACGGUGAGGUAUCUGGAAGCUCGUUGUCCUCAUGUGUCCAAGCCGCAUAUGUAGGAUACGGCGUUCUACGUGAUAUUCUGACAAAUAUAACGCCUAGUACAUCCAGAACCAGUGCCGCCAGUGCUGCGAGGGUCAACCACCAGACCGCGGACUUGCAGUGCGACCAGGUGGAAACAUAUAUCGACUGGGAGUGGGAAGAUCGUAGCCAAGAUGUUAGUUGGAAGCACGAUAAGAUCGAGACCACGGAAAGGGCCGUGGUGGUUGCGAUGAUCGUGCCUCUGGCAUGUACAGCUUCAAGCGUUCUGUGCAACAUGACAGCCCUUGUGCAAAGCGCAUUGGAUCUGAAGAAAGCCGAGGAUCACUUGCAUUUCCAUCAAGAGGCCAAGUUUACUGCCAUUUACAGCUUGGAAACACUAGCAUAUGUCAACGAGCGUCACCGACCAGAAGAAAUGGACUCGCGUUCACUGUCAGCAUCGCUAUUAUCUUGGCAAAGGUUGACAGCGCCAGGUCACUGCGGGACUGAAGAAGUGGGCGAAAACCAGACAAGGGAGAUCACGGAAGCGACUCGGAAGAAGUACGCAGACUUAGCCUGCAAAAUUCGAGCAGAAUGGGUUGUAGACAGAUAUUCCGUCACCGUUACCUGCAAACGCUAUGUCUGGUCUAUUCUGGGUGUGUGCAUCAUGUCCUUCACGAUUGUUACCGCUCUCGUGUUCGGCUGCAGAAUUGAUGGGGUAGACCCGUACUCAGGUUAA